GCUUUGGAUGGUUUCAUCAUGAUUAUUACAACGGAUGGUCAACUUUUUUAUGUCUCAGAAUCUGUCAAAGACUUUCUUGGAUAUUCUCAGGUUUAUAUUAACAUCCUUUUCAUUCUAAUCUAGUUUUACGAUUAACAUUUCUAUAGCCGAAGCUCAAGAACUCCCUUUUCUCAAAUGGCAGAACUCCCUUUUCAAAUGCCAGAACUCCCUUUUCAAAUGCCAGAACUCCCUUUUCAAAUGCCAGAACUCCCUUUUCAAAUGCCAGAACUCCCUUCUCAAAUAGCAGAACUCCCUUUUCAAAUGCCAAAACUAGCAGAACUACCUUUUCAAAUGCCAAAACUCCCUUUUCAAAUACCAAAACUCCCUUUUCAAAUGCCAAAACUCCCUUUUCAAAUAGCAGAACUCCCUUUUCCUAGAAAUGCCAUUUCUUGCGAUAUGGGCAGGAAACCUAAUCUCAACUGACUUCGCGCUGCAACGCAACAACUGUCCUCUGUAGCUCAGUUGGUUAGAGCGCUGCAACGCAACAACUGGCCUCCGUAGUUCAGUUGGUUAGAGCGCUGCAACGCAACAACUGGCCUCUGUAGCUCAGUUGGUAGCGCUGCAACGCAACAACUGUCCUCUGUAGCUCAGUUGGUAGCGCUGCAACGCAACAACUGUCCUCUGUAGCUCAGUUGGUUAGAGCGCUGCAACGCAACAACUGGCCUCCGUAGUUCAGUUGGUUAUAGCGCUGCAACGCAACAACUGGCCUCCGUAGUUCAGUUGGUUAUAGCGCUGCAACGCAACAACUGGCCUCUGUAGCUCAGUUGGUAGCGCUUGCCCAUCAAAAUCUAAUGCUCGCUACCAUAUAAUCUGCAUGAAUGAUAGCAGGGGCAAUGCCUCUGUGUGUUAGAUACCUCUCGUACUUACUGUAUUGUAACAAUUUGAAUACAAUAUCAUGUUUUCUCAAUCUUAGUUAUUUCGUGAGGCGAUCAAGUUGGCGUAUAGAUAUAAAGAAAAUUCUACAGACUUUGUUGAUGUUGUCAUGAAAGAACUUGAGGUGAUUGUUCUCUAGGAGGACUUAAUUUUGAAAGACUUUGUAAUAAUAAGUUUACUAGUUUACUUUUUUUUUACCUUUAUAAUAAGUUUUUAGACGUUCUCUGGUUUUUAAAUAUUUAUUAUUACGAGCUUUUGACCGCCAGUCUGCAAUCUUCAACAGGUGGAUUACAAUGAGAGUGUGACAGUUACAACGGUUCACAAUUACAUAUAGAUACAAAAUUUGUGGGGGAAGGUGGUGGAACCAGGUGGUGGGGCGGGGGAAGGUGGUGGAACCAGGUGGUGGGGUGGGGGUUGUACUGUCCCUUCCCCCAAUGAUUUUGUUUCAGCAGUUCUGAACUGUGUUGAUAUUUGCAGGCAAUGGAGGAAUUGGAUAUUGAAGAUGACAAGUUUACAGCUGUGAAUGGAACUGAUGAAGGUGGAAGUACUUCAUGACAGAUAAGUCAAAUGUUGUGUGUUUUGGAAAGCUGGUGCUGUAAGAUUUUGGGAAACACAUGCAGGAUGAAAUACCUGUAGGAUACAAACUCGUGAAAAAGACUUGAACUUUCUGAUUGAGACAAUAAGCCAUAUGAAAAACUUUGAAAUACCUGAGCUGGGCAACAACGUGCGGACCGAUGUCUAUGUACAGUAGGCCAAGACUUAUUCUGCAAGACAUUGUGCAGGCCAACAAGACUUGGACUACAUGACUUGUCUUGCAACAAAGCUUGGACUAAAUGACUUGUCUUGUCCCAGUCUUGCAUGGGUUAAGUGAUCUUCUGUCUUUUAGUUGAAAUUUUGUUUUAGAAUUGGAAUUUCGUUUUAGUUGAAAUUUUGUUUUAGAGUUGAAAUUUUAUUUUAGUUCUUAAUGAGGUACAACCUGUAAGCCAACAGCAUUGGAACUUCCCAGUCUUGCUCAUAAAAAAUUCUCUUAAGAACUUUCAGUCCAAAACAUGCAUUCUUAGGCAUCACAUUCAAUGUCCACAUAUCACGUACCUAACUGUAAAUUCAGAUUUAAUAUAUUAACAUUAAGUUAUAGUUCUAUAGUACUAAUAUUGUAAAUACUAGAUAAAUAUUAAAUAAAUCUUUAAACUUUACUGUAAACUAAACUUUGAGGGAGUUUAACAUUUUGUGAUUUCAAAAGGAACAAUUUUCACCUACCAUAUACAGCUAAUGGACCUUUCACCUUUUGACUAAAAUUUAGAUUUCAAAAAGUCUAGAC